UGAGUAGGUGGUUGUCUUCAAAAGAGACACCAGAUGUAAGAGAAGUCUAGUGUUACUGGAAGAGUCUUCCCUAGAUCUUGUGCCGGUGUUGUUUUUGAGCUGGUCUUGUGAGAUGCUUUAUAGGUACCAGCCCCCUUGUAUGGGUAUAGGUGCUUAGUUGAUGCAUUCGUAUGGGAUACUUCAUCCUUGGAUGCAAACCUGGUCUUCAUUCCUGUUUGUUUUUUUUCAGAUACAGUAUUUCGUGCAGAGACGCCCAUCAUUCAAGACACUGGUAGUUGACAGCUACAGUGAGGUUCUUUUCUUUGUUCACUCCUUGCUCCUCCUGAGCUCUGUGGUGCUGUACUUCUGUGGCCAGGAACUGUACGUGGCUUCCAUGGUCUUCUCCUUGGCACUGGGCUGGGCUAACAUGCUGUACUACACCCGUGGCUUCCAGCAGAUGGGCAUUUACUCUGUCAUGAUUGCCAAGAUGAUCCUUAGAGAUUUAUGUCGCUUCAUGUUUGUCUAUCUGGUAUUCCUUUUGGGAUUUUCUACAGCUGUGGUGACUUUAAUUGAAGAUGACAAUGAGGGGCAAGAGACAAAUAGCUCUGAAUAUUCCCGAUGCUGCCAUAUGAAACGAAGCCGCACGUCCUACAACAGUCUGUAUUAUACCUGCUUGGAGCUUUUCAAGUUCACUAUUGGGAUGGGGGACCUGGAGUUCACAGAGAACUACAGGUUCAAGUCUGUGUUCGUCAUCCUUCUGGUUCUCUAUGUCAUCCUUACCUACAUCCUCCUGCUCAACAUGCUGAUUGCACUGAUGGGGGAAACUGUGAGCAAAAUUGCACAGGAGAGCAAGAGCAUCUGGAAACUCCAGGUAUAUUCGUUCUGUGAGGCUGCUAUCCAAGAAAGGGUAUGGAGAAUCAUAAAUUUCAGAGAGAAUGUUCAGGAACAUUCUAAAUAACAAGUCACUGCUUCCUUCUGAUUCCCCUGAACAGUUCCUUAAAAAAGUGUAUUGGUUCUUUUUCCGUGCAUGUUUGAUGUUUUGCCUGAGCAGAUGUUCCCAGUGUUCCACAGAUGUUCAGAAUUUAAGAAAAGUAGUACUUUUCUAAUUAGACAGAAUUACUUGGGGUUUCAGUGGUGGAAAGUCCUGGUCAGACUAUGGAGACAGGGAUUAUGCAAGGGGGAAAACACUCUUUACCAGAAUCUCAAAGGAACAUCGCUUUUCGUUUGAAGUAAGAAAGGGAACUUCAUAGUUCUAAGUACAGGCAGUAAUUCAGUUUUUUAAUGACAUAUUAACAGAGGGUGAUGUUUCAGAGGUGGUUACGAUACCUGCUCUAAAAUGGUGACAGUGAUAAAAGCUCAAGGUUUUUGAAACAUAGGCAGAAUUCAGGAUCUGUAUGACUUUGAAACAACUUCUCAGUGGUCUGAUUUCUUUUACCUGGCAGAGAGCCAUCACAACCUUGGAUAUUGAAAACAGCUACUUGAACUGUGUGAGGCGCUCGUUCCGGUCUGGUAAGAGAGUCUUGGUGGGGGUCACACCUGACGGCCAAGAUGAUUACAGAUGGUGCUUU